AUGAAGUCUACUGUUGCUGCUCUCGGCAUGUUGGCCGCUGUCGCCUCCGCCUAUUCCCCAGGACGACACCUGCACUUCCCUCGUGGCAAUGCUACCGCUACCGAAAACUUGACAACCUUGACCAUCAAGACAACCCAGGUUCACACUAUUACUAGCUGUGCUCCUACUGUCACCAACUGCCCGGCCCAUCCUACCGGCAUUGCCACUCUGCCCGAGUCCCAGAAGACCACCAUGGUUGUUACUGACACCAUUGUCCUGACCACGACCGUCUGCCCCGUGUCCGACGUUCCCAAGAUCUCAUCUUCAGUCAUUGCCAAGGCUUCUACCGGCGGUCUCACUGGCUCAACUCUGUCUCCGACCGUGAUUACAACAGCUAUUCAGCCAACUCGUCCCGCCAAUGCCUCUUCCGUCGAGCCCGUGACCCAGCCCAGCAUGACUACCAAGGUCACUCCUGUUGUCACCUCCAAGACCGUGACCAUGACUCUUGGAACUGGCUCUAGUGCCUCCGUCGCCACCACCGUUGUUCCCGUCACCGUCCAGAAGACCAUCACUGUUCCUUGCUCCCAGGCAACUGCUGAUGCCACUGGUACCGACCAGACGACCACCACAACUGCGACCACCAAGAUCACCCGCACUAUCACUGUCUCCCGAACUCAUCCCACGGGCCCAGCUGGAGGCAAUGGUGGAAACGGAGGUAGCGGAGGCAACGGUGGCAGCUGUGACUGUGCUGGCUCUACUGUCACUGUCAAGGAGACCGUCACCGCCCCUGCUUCCACUGUCUACGUGACCAUUGGCGGCGGCUCUGAUGCCACCGGCGCCGGUAUUGAGCAACCCUCUGUUACUCAACCAGCUGGCAACAAGCCUACUGCCAGUGAGGAGGCUCCCGCUUCUUCUGACUGCCCUGAUGAGACGACUACUCUCCAGCGCACCGUUACCGUUGUCCCCUACCCCACUGGCAACGGCACCCACACCAGCGGCUCGGCUAAGCCCUCUGGUUUCGCUCGUCUCCGCCGCUAA